CCGGAAGUAGAAAUCCAAAUGAGACCACAGCGGAGGCAUUAGAAAGGAGCGCCCGCUUUUUGUUUCUUUUGUUGUUUUAGGAACCAGAAGAAAAGAAAAAAACAACCAGCUAUUGCCAGAAGGUUUUAUACUCGUAGACAAAUAUGUCGUUUGUGCAACCCAGUCGCUCUAGUACCGGUUGGCCGCGCCGUAAUUCAGAUCAGUUCGCAUCGAAAUACAUCAGCGGCACGGCCUCUAAUAAACCGCUCACCCUGGAGAGGACCAUCAACCUAUACCCUCUCACCAACUACACCUUCGGCACCAAAGAGCCUCUGUAUGAGAAGGACAGCUCCGUGGCUGCCAGAUUCCAGCGGAUGCGCGAAGAGUUUGACAAGAUGGGUAUGCGCCGGACAGUGGAGGGUGUUCUCAUCGUCCACGAGCACAGACUGCCCCACGUGUUACUUCUGCAGCUGGGGACCACGUUUUUCAAGCUGCCCGGUGGAGAGUUGAAUGCCGGAGAAGAUGAAGUGGAGGGGCUGAAACGCCUGAUGACUGAGAUUCUUGGACGACAAGACGGGGUGAAGCAGGACUGGGUGAUUGACGACUGCAUCGGCAACUGGUGGCGCCCCAACUUUGAACCUCCGCAGUACCCCUACAUUCCAGCUCACAUCACCAAACCAAAGGAGCAUAAAAAACUGUUCCUGGUUCAGCUGCAGGAGAAAGCACUGUUUGCCGUUCCCAAGAAUUAUAAGCUGGUGGCUGCACCGCUGUUUGAGCUGUAUGAUAAUGCUCCUGGAUACGGACCAAUCAUCUCCAGUCUACCACAGCUGUUGAGCAGGUUCAACUUCAUCUACAACUGACCUGAGUGAAGAGAAGUGCGUCGGGCUGUCUCUGUGAGCGCAGCCGCAAGCGUCGUGAUGAGGACGUCCACCUCUGAGUCACCUUUUACAAAAUAAAUACUUGUCAGGUCAGAGUCAGCAGGGGCGUUUAUAUUGUCAGGAGAAAAAUAUAAAGUCAAGUCUUUUUUCUUUUUUUAAUGUGAUAAACUGCAACAUAUUUUAGUAUGCAGGAGGGUUGAGAAUCUGAUUUUACGUUUCCAUAAAAAAAAUGCCUGUUUAAUUAAAAAAAACAACAUCGUUGUGUUCUUUGUUUUAACC